UAAAAAAUAUAUAUAAUAUACAAUACGAUGCUUAAAACAUAUUACCAUAAAAAAAAUAAAAGAAAACGUGAGUGAGGACCACCAGACCAAAAUGACAGGAGAAUUAACAAGGUCGACAUAAAUUUCACUAUAAAAACAAACCAAGGCUUUCUUAUCCAAAAACCAGAGAGGAACAAAUUCAUUUGGAAUGGGUUUGAGGUCAUGGUGGAGGACCACUAAACCAAUGAAUAUUUCUCAAAGAUGGAUAGGGCAUUUAAUAUUCCGCACUUAUCUACCCAAAAAAGUGAGAAAUGGAAAAGAUGGAAGGAUUUAUUGUGAUCCAAAGAUCCCACGCGUUGAGUUCCUCCAGCCACAUAAAAAGAACUCACGAUUGCUCCUCCAGUACUCUGCCUUAACGCGUUAUAAACACUGAAACAAGACCCUCUGUGCAGAGUCAACUGCACCCACUUGCUUCUAUAUGCAGGCCUCCACAAAGCUAUCCAUAAGUAACCUUUGUAGAGGGAGAGAACCCAUUUGACCCAAUUCAGAUCUCUCCCCAGUUCCAUUAUCUUCUCUCAAUAGAUAGAAACUUUGGAGUGACCCAAUUCAGAGACCCCAUCUUCUCUAGAUCACAAUUCUCUCUCCAUAUCAUAUAUUAGGAGUUUCUAUCUCUGGAUUUCACUCCAAGCCCAUCUUCUUCUCUCUAGAAACUGAAACUUUGGAGAAACCCAAGUCACAGGACCGAUCUUUGCUAAAUUACAAUUCUCCCUUUAUAUCUCAUCUGAACUGAGAGGUUCUCUCACUAGACCCUGAACUAUUUGCCAUGGAUCAUGAACUUAGAGAGGGAAAGAAGGGGCACAAUCACCAUGUGGCCUCAGGAAGUGAGCUCUUUUCAAGCGCGAAAGUUGUUGCAGAUGCUGCAAAAUCAGCCAUGAGCCAUAAAACUGAGAAUUUAAACAAAGGAAAGGUAGCCGGCGCAGCGGCUGAUCUUGUUGAAGCGGCCAGCCAUUACGGAAAGCUCGAACAGAAGAGCAUUGGAAAAUAUUUGGGGAAGGCAGAGACUUAUCUUCACAACUAUGAAGAGACUCAUGGCGGUUCAGGCACUAAACCCGGUGGCCACUCGGUGACUGGUUCUCAUGGCUCUGAUCAUUCGAGCAAUGAACCUUCGCAUAGUUCGCACUCGGGGGGUGCCAAGGAGGGUGGAUAUGGAGAUUAUAUCAAGAUGGCUCAAGGGUUCUUCAACGAACCUUCGCAAAAUUCACACUCAGGGGAUGCUAAGGAGGGUGGAUAUGGAGAUUAUAUGAAGAUGGCUGAAGGGUUCUUGAAGAAGCACUAAGUUAUGGAAUUGGCUCUCCGUAAAAGUUGUAACCUUAGAUGGAUCUUUGUCUCUCUUUCUCUGAGUAAUUCUGAAGAAGUUGUGGAUUUUAUUUGAUGUUCUCUCUCUAGUAUGGAUGGUUUCUUCCUUUGCUGUUAUAUCAAAUUUCUUUUAUCAUGUAAAACUGCAAGUGUUAUGGAAAUCGUUUUAGGGGUUUCUUCCUUUAAUAUUAUUGCAAGUAGAUCAAUAGUUGUUGAGAA